AUGUCUUCCCACGAGCUAUUCACUCCUCUUACCAUUGCUAAUGGCCGCAUUGAGCUUGGCCACCGCGUUGUCAUGGCCCCAAUGACCCGUAAUCGAGGCGUGCCGUUCUCCGGCUCUAUCGACAAUAGGAUUUGGCUCGCCGACGAAGUUGUCGCCCGUUAUUAUGCCCAGCGUGCGUCGCCCGGUGGACUCAUUAUCACGGAAGGCAUUCCUCUAUCACUGGAAGCAAGUGGCAUGCCAAACGUUCCCGGUCUGUUUCACGAGUCCCAGUAUGAAGGCUGGAAGAAAGUCGUCCAAGGUGUGCACGAGAAAGGAGGUUACAUCUAUGCGCAGCUGUGGCAUGCGGGACGAGCCACCAUCCCUCAGAUGACGGGUUGUCCGGUCGUUAGUGCGAGCUCGGUGCCAUGGUCGACAGAUGAGACGUUUCCGUUCCGGACACCGGAUACCAAGGAGAAGAUUCGUUACCGAGAUUUCCCAUCUGUGGCGAUGACGGAGGAGGAGAUCGCCAAGACAACUCAAGACUUCGUCAAGGCGGCCGAGGCAGCUAUUGAUAUUGGCUUCGAUGGUGUCGAGAUCAAUGGGGGCAAUGGAAAUCUUGUCGAUCAAUUCCUUCAUUCAAACCUCAACGCUCGCACAGACUCAUACGGCGGCUCGCCACAAGCCAGGGGUAAAUUCGCCCUUGAUUUGGUGGGCGCGCUUACAUCCGCUGUUGGGCCCUCAAACGUGGCAAUCCGUCUAGAGCCCACAGGGCUAUACAAUGAGACGUAUGGUGCUGAGCGAGUAGAGACUUGGUCGCAUCUUUGCGAGCAGUUGGCUUUGACCUAUCAGGGCGACAAGAGGCUGUCUUACGUCCACUUUAUCGAGCCGAGGCUUGAUCGAGUGGAAGCCAACAAGGAGCUCUUCUCCAAUUCUUGGACCCUCCUAGAUGUCUCUAACGAACAUUUUCGAGCUAUUAUAAAGAAAAGUGGCAUCCCGUGCAUCAGCUGUGGAGGGUGGGAUGCGGGAAAUGUGGUCGGCGCUGUCAAAGAGAAAGGCUGGGAUGCUGUGGCCUUUGCUAAAUGGUUCGUGAGCAACCCUGACCUGCCGAGGAGACUUCUACUCGGCAAAUCGUUGAAAGACUAUGAUCGAAGUAGAUUUUACGGCAGCUGGGAUGGUAUUAGGGAUCACGGAUAUGUGGACUAUCCCACUUGGGAAGAGCAAUUUGUGGAAGAGGCCAAAUAA